AUGUUUGCGAACGUUCAGUGUUGUGACAUAAAUGGAACAAAUGAAAAUCUACCGCCGCUUUGGCCAUGUCAAUGGAACAAUGGAAUAAUACCUUAUACAUUCAAUUACUAUUCAAUAAGUCCAAAACGGUUAAUAAGUAUUGUUAAGAAGGGGAUAGAUUUUAUCGAAAGACGGUCCUGUCUUAAAUUCAUUGAACACAACCCUUUAGAGCUGGUGGAUCGUAAAAAUUUCACAUUUCUAUUCUACAACUAUUCGGAUGUGUUAGAAAGUUGUUGUAUGCAGUUUUACACAAUACCCUUCGGAAAAAGACAAGUCGUAAUAACACCAAUAUGUACAUUGCCCGCCGAAGUGGCUCAUACAACUCUCCACGCAAUGGGACUUACACACGUCAAACACGAACGAUUUUCUUUAGCCAUGGUUGAUGCUGCACUAUUCCCAGUUACCUGCGGUAGAAAUGACGAAGCCUAA